AUGGCAGAAAUAGCCGAGGAAACUCCGGCCGCGACCGAGGCCGUGAUUGUCGACAUCCAAUCUCGGUGGCGCAUGCUCCACAGAGUUCCGGUGCACGUGCGAGAGGAGAAGAAACACGUGUUUGAGCCAGUUGUGGUCCCCCUCGGCCCAUACCACUGCCGCCAGCAUCCACAAUCGCAGCUGGUCGAGCCACUCAAGGACGCGGUACAAGAUAUAGUUUGCAAAUUAGAUCAAACAGACCGGAAAGGCUUCCUCCUGAGCAAGAUCCUUGAGCGGAUAGACGAAAUCCGCCAUUUCUACGGUGGAGCAGAUGGCUACACUGACCAGGAAUUGGCUGAAAUGAUACAUCGCGACGCCUGCUUCCUCGUAUUCAGUAUGAUACCAAAGACUUUCUCCAUGAUUCGCCAUAACCUGGGAAUGUACGGGAUAUUGUUCAUGUCUCGCGAUAUGUAUAUGCUGGAAAAUCAAAUUCCGUUAUGGCUCAUCCCCUUAAUACACCCUCACCAAUCAUUUCUGUGCAAGUAUUUGAGCAGCAAUGUUUUCGGGGAUUACAGGAUGACACAGCUUCCAUGGAAAACCGGAAGAGGAGAAGAGCCCCUUCACCUACUCGAAGCUUUCCAUCGCACCUUCCUUAGCCUUGUUCAGACCCCAGAAAAUUCAAACGACGGAGGAGGGAGUAAUUUUUCGCGACUAAUCAACAAAUACAAUCAACCAAAGCCAAAGGAUGAAAGCUCGAGAAGAACUCUAUGGCAAAACUUGAACACCCCGUUUCAGUCGGCGACGGAUCUGAAAGCAAAAGGCAUCUAUUUCCGGCGAAGCUCCCAUUGCUUGACCGACAUCAAGUUCUUCUCCUUCGCACUAUACGCAGAGCUCCACCUCCCUUUCUUCAACAUCACAAACAACAGCAAAACAUUCUUCUCCAACAUUAUCGCAUUCGAGAUGUCGCCAGAGACGGAAACAGACUACGGCGUAACAUCGUAUUUCAGUUUCAUGAAAACGCUGAUCCACAAUGCUAGUGAUGUAAAAGUUUUGCGGGAGAAGGGGAUAUUGUACAGCAGGUUGGCGUGCGAUGAAGAGGUGGUUGAGAUGUUUAAAAGCAUCGAUACUUAUGGGUACUCGAAGCAUGGGCUUUUGGAUGAAGUGAAGAUGAGGAUUGAGGAGCACUGCAGUAGUAAAGCGAAGACGUGGAUGGCUGACCUCGUCAACACCAAGUUUCGGAGCCCGUGGACUGUGAUAGCGCUCGCGGCUGCUGCUUUUCUGCUAGCGCUUACCGUUGUACAAACUUACUACACGGUCAAUCCAGCCGAUUGAAAUUUUGUUGCUUGAUCCACUU